CCACUCCUGUCUUCGACUUUCCUUCCUCCGGCGAAUUCCGCUUCACGGCGAGGCGCUCAUGUAUCUGGAAGUAACGCGCAGCCUGUGGUUUCCCGCCCUGUUCGUCCUCCUACUGGUGCUAAGGACAAUUCUGAUCGACCACCCUAUGUGGAUGUUGUCUACGACAGAGAGCGUUUAACCCAGAGUUCCGCUGAUCAACGUCAGCAAACAGAGCGCAUAGUUUCACCUGUACGCUCUCUUGUGUGGAAAUAAAUUGGGGCCUCACAAGUUUAUGUUACAGCUCCUUCCGCGCAAGCCUCUCUCUGUACCUGACCCACCUGCGGAUGCGCCUAUCAAUACAGAUUCGCCAUCACGAGUAGGUGCACGUGCGGUAAGAACUCGCUUUGGACCUCCAGUUCCGGAAGUCGAGGGGAAACCAUACCUUCACGGCAGACGUGACCAGACGCCUGAGAGUCCUCAUUCCCAUCACUAUGAUGAUCAUGCUACCCCUCCUCCUCUUUCCAGGGACUCUUCCAUGACAUCGGCACGCGAUGCCGCUCAUCCGUCACAACAAUCCAGGCAUGAUGGGGAUGUCUCUCUUCGCGGUCAACGGCUGCCUGAACCACGGUCCUAUGCGCUUGAGAGAAAGGAUGCAAAAGAUCCUCCUGAAUACCCACGUAGCAGCGGUCGCAAUGAUCGUCAUGACCAUGGUCCCCCUUCACUGGAUCAUGCCAAGGAAUGGCGUGUAGAUGACUCAAGAAAUUCGAAGUGGUCUAGAACACAAGAUUUGUCCCCACACGAGUCCUCGCGCCACGCGGAAGCAGAGUCGUUGCCUUCCGGCCAGCAUACUGCGAAUGGCGAAGGGUUGCACCAAUCCGUUCCACUCGCUAUGCAUCCAGAGCGCGCACGGCUCCUGCAGAAUGCUCUUCCGCACUCUCUACCUCCUCGCCCCGACACAGAACCAAGACGUCCUCGUUCAACUCGUCUCCGUCACGGCUCUGCGCCUUGGGUGCCCUCCGGUUCACGUUUCAAUCAGCACUUUGAGGAGACUGCCUACCCUGGAGACCGCUUUGAUCGACAGUCUAACAACCACGGAAGCUCUCUAAUUGAUCGGUUGGGUGUUGAUGGUGCGCAAUCGUCCUCGUCAUUGAGAGAUCGCGUGAAGGUCCCUAUGAAGCGGUCUUCGGAUGACCUUACUGUGAAUGACGCGUUCAUGGAUGUAGACGAAGGCUCCAAGCGGAGCAGGAGGCGAGGGGGAAAACUUAAGAAGCCGAGGCGUGUGGCAUGAUAUCCUAGUAUCCAAUUCUGUUCUUUUGUUCAACUUUUGGUCUGCUUUUG